GGACUGGAAAAACUCUUGCUUACCUGGCGCCAGUGGUUCACCAUCUGAGAGAAGACGAGCGCAAACAUGGUGUCAUAACGCGUCUGAAACGACCACGAGCAUGUAUUGUUGUUCCAGGCAGGGAACUUGCUAUUCAAGUGUUAGAAGUUGCUAAGUCAUUAAGUCAUCAUGCACGCUUUAAAUCAGUUGGCAUUAUCGGCGGACGGAAAAAGAAAUUUAUGAAAAGAGACCUUGCGUCUCCCGUGGAUCUCGUGGUUGCCACUCCAGGAACGUUACUUCAAUUUCGUCAGAAAGAUCGUUUGUUUUUCUCGGAUUUGUCGUAUUUGGUAAUUGAUGAAGCGGAUUCCAUGUUUGAUUCCUCGUUCAAAUCAGACACAAUGGAAAUUCUCCAAUCGAUCUCGAUACGACAAGGUAGACCAUCUCCUCCCAGCGAGCAGCCGGUGGACACACAAGUCACUAUUGUCGGUGCAACGAUGCCAAAUGAGUUGGUGGUAGACACCUUACAGCGAAUGCUUCCGCGCUUAAAAACCUGUUCUUCUGGUCUUCACCGCGUUCUUCCCCAUAUCAGACAUAGGUUUGUAAAAAUCAAGCAGGAGGAAAAGGCAGGCAAACUCCUAAGACUCUUGAGACACGACCUUCAAGAUCCUUUUCAGCGAACUAUCGUGUUCUGUAAUACCACAGAGGCUUGCGAUUUUGUGGGGCAUUUUCUCGUAGAGAAGCGUAUCAAAUUUAUCCGACUUCACAAAGUGCUUCCUUCUAAGGUGAGGAGCAACUUAUUUGAAGAGUUCCAAGAGGGAAGAGCAAGAGUUCUUGUUUGUACUGAUAUAGCAUCUAGAGGAGUAGACCCUGAUGUAGGCCAUGUGAUCAACUUUGACUUCCCCACGUCGUUAGUGGACUAUAUUCACCGCGUGGGUAGAACUGGCCGUGUAACGACAGAGACGACAUCAACAGGGGUGUCGGUAGCCACCAGUCUACUUACUCAUAACCGGGAUGUUAGAAUGGCAAAGAUAAUUGAGCAAGCAGCUAAAAAACAGCGACGUCUGGAAGGUAUCGAAAUUCGCCCCAAGCGCCCCUCUGCAGAGCCUGGCCCCAGAGAGAUCUGGGAAAAUAAAGAAAUAAACUUUAAAAAGUUGGAUGAUGAAGACUUUGACGAGGAAGAUGUAGAGUUCACGUGACAUGCGGUGUCUCAGAUUGAAACAAACAUUUCUUAUUUAUGGAAAUAUAUCGUUAACACUACGAGUUACAUGGAUCCUUUGAAGUUCAUAGUGAGCGUGUCUUUGGGCCCGUGCUUGUCUUGCGAAACGACUGUAAGCGCCUUAUCAAGGAAAGUGAAGAUAUCUUAUGACUAAAAUGUCGACCAAAAUGAAAGGAAAAAAAAACGUUGAAAAACGUCAUUAAAGAUAAGUAUAUGUGCAGCUGAGUACGUCUUCAGUUUUUUUAAUUUGUUCUGUUGACACUACAAAAAUUAUGUAUGAUUGUGUAUAAUUAUUGUUAAAAAGUCUUCUUGUUUUAAUUAAUGUCUUUAUUUUCAGUUAUUAAAAUUAGCAUUAGUGCACUUGCUGGUUAAGAGCCAUAUCCCACACAAGACUCAAGGAUCUCUUCAUUAUACAUUCAUUCAACGUUAUCAGAAGUGUAGAUCAUGCUUCUUACCUAAAAUAAACAACUCUAUGCAAAUGAAGUGCCCAAGUUCCUCUCGCUUUUUUCUCCUCCGCUUCAAUUAAGCCGUCUGCUUAUCUGCUCCGUUUUACCAAGUGAACGCCUGAAACAGGUUAUGUUCGUUGAUAAAAUUGAAGCGAAUAUUUCUCCAUUAGUUUCCGUCUUAGUGUACCUAAUAUUCUAGGUUAAGUAAUGUCUCAGUUAUUUCCUGAGGAUACCGCGAUAAGACAGCACUCAGCAGCUGUUUACACUUGUUGGCGUAUGUCCAAAGAUCGAUGUACAGCCACCAAUACAGGUGUGAAAUAGCUUACGUGCUUUUUUUGUUAUAAUUUAUUGCGUAGAAAAUAGUAAGAUAAAGUGAAAAGAUGAAGUGUGUCACGGAUAUUUAAUCAGGCGGAAGUUAAGUACACUAAUAUUCUGGCACUGAUUAAAUGGGAAAUGAAUUUAUCAUUAGACGUGCGACGUGUGUCGAAUGAGGCGUUAUUAUGUGUUUUAUGCAGUAUCAAACCCUUGAGUUUAAUAAAGCAUAAAACUUUGGUGA